AGUACAUUAAUGCUUGUGACACAUUUGAAUUAAUCUUCUUUUUCCCCUAUUUAAAACAAUGGAAGACACGCUAACACCAAUCAGGCGUCAACCUAGAGAAAGAAACAGUAUCUUAAAAAAAUAUUAUGGGAUUAAAGAUAAAGUUGUUGACUCUAGUUCUCAGUCUCAGGAUAAUGCAAGGCCCUUUGAUAUAGAUGGCAACAGCUUUAACUCGAGCAAAUAUUUCGCUUCACUCCUCAAAGAAAAGAGCCUUAAAGAGCUUGUAGAAAAAAACAACCAACUUGUUGGAGAGAUACGAGAAAUUGAUGGCGACAUGAAGACUUUAGUGUAUGAAAACUAUAGCAAGUUUAUCAGUGCAACAGAUACUAUUCGAAAAAUGAAGUCUAACGUCGAAAGUAUGGAAUCAGAAAUGGCCCGCUUAAAUGAGAAUAUCGCACAAAUUUCAAACCAGUCCAAGACAAUCAAUCAAGAACUAGGACCAAACAGACAAAAGAUUCAACAACUUUCAAACGUGCAUAAUUCGCUUAAACGACUUCAGUUUGUGUUUGACUUACCCAAUCGAUUACAGCAUUGCCUGAAUAAGGGGAAAUAUAGCCAGGCUGUCAAAUAUUAUUCAAAAGCAAGCAGAUUAUUGAAUCAUUAUCAACAUAUGGCAGCAUUCAAAGGUAUAGAGAGAGACUGUAUGCAAAUCAUGGAAAAAGUGAAGGCAGAGAUCUGGAUCAAUUUGACAGAUCCAAACGCUACACCUCAGAAUGUGGCAGAGGAAACAAAACUUCUCGUUCUAUUAGGCGAGGACACUCAAAAACUACGAAAAAAAUACAUUGACAUUCAAUUAGCAACAUUUAGCAAGAAACAAGACGAGCAUUCACAACUAACUACGAUUCCAGAAUUGAUUUCUGCCUACAUUGUACCUUUAGAAGACAUUGUACACCAUUUCGAGAACCUGUUUCUUACAGAAGAUGAAUCUAACGUGGAUAUGGAAUAUGAAAAUAAAGACCAAGCCAAAGAAGACUUGUUAUCCGCAAUCAAUCCUUAUCUAGACAAGUUCUUUGGAUUACUAGCUGAAUUUAUUGAAUUGCCAUUGCACAUAUCAUUAGAUAAACCAUUGGAACAAUCAGUCUAUCUUUCAGAGCUCAAAUCAACUGUUGGAAAUACCACACCAUCAUUGACGACUGUAGCUAGACUAGAUAGUCGUAUAGACUCACUCAUUGCUCAAUGGGAAAAUAAUCUUAUUAGUGGCAUUUUUGAUUCAAGCUUGGCCGGAUUAAGAGAUCGCACAAGCACUUUUGCAAAGACCUUGCAAAAGUCUUCUCUAUCAGAAAACUAUUCUUGUGAAUUUAAUGCGAAUGCCAUUACAGAGUUUAUUCAAACUACACAAGUAUGGCUAGUGGACUAUUUAAGCAAGUCAUGCCUGUUACCUCUUAAAGGAUGCCUUGAUAUCAACAACAAACAAACAUUGAAUAGGAUUCAAUCCGGAAUCAAAAGUGUUUGGAAGAAAUUAGCAGAUCAGUUCGAGAACAUCAAGGCAUUGCUAAAACUUGACAAAUCAUCUCUUCAAAUACUUGAGUUAGUAGCUUCUCGUUUGUGCUAUGACUUGGCCGAUAGCGGCAUCUUUCAAAUCUAUGAUGACUCUGUUGAUCCUCAGGUGAUUCCUGACCUAAACAACUCUAUUGAAUGUUUGUUAAAGAUAGGCCAAAAGCUAUUGAACUCACACAUGAUGCAAGAAGGAUAUUACCUAUCAGCAAGAAUACAAGAGGCUUAUUUAGAAUCUACUUUUACCAAGCCAGUACAUCAAGUAUCAGAAGUUUGGUAUCUUGCUUACAAUCGCUUAAAGUACACUGAAAGAUUAGCGGAAGUCGUCUAUCCUCAGUAUCAACCACAGGCAAGAGGAUCUGUUGAUACUUCCAUAGAGCCAGAAUUUGAUUAUAAUGGUCCUUAUUCAUCACAUCAUGUAUUACAAUCUACCAAUAGUUUGGCAACCGCUUCUUCUAUAUCUGAGACACCUACUAAGCAACAAUUUAGUCCAAAUGAUAUAUCCUUUAAUAUGAUGAACAAUAUUGACAAGCUGUUUGCUGAGCGUGUUGAUAUCUAUAAAAAAGUAGAACCCAAUCCAAUUGGAAUUUGUGUAGGCUUAGUGUUAAUCAUUCUCAAAGCAUUUCUGGAAGUGACAAGGGAAGCACAUAUGAACACAAAUGCUUAUCAACAAAUCCAGGUGGAUAUCGAGUUUGUGAAACGUGUGGUCUGGCCAUAUGCUGGGGAUGAAAAAUGGGCUACAACAAUGCUUCAAGAAGUGCUCUCAAGUACUUAUACCAGAUGCGCUUCUCCCAAAAGUAUCAGCCAAGAUGAGAUAGCAUUAAUUCUUUCUCCUCAAUAG